AUGUCCCGCUUUGUCUCAGCUGGGACCGAUGCCGACUCGCGACCUCCAGCCGAUGAUGGCUGGCUGAAGGCGCAGCAGGAAGUCCAGUCCUCAAAAGAGCCCAGGUCAACCGAAGAGGGUAAGCAAGAAGGAGGGAAGAGUCUCUACGAGGUUCUACAAGCGAACAAAGGACGCUUUGAAGAAGCGGCGCGGCUGAAGAACCAGUUUCGCGCGCUUGACGAAGAUGAGGUCGAUUUCCUCGAUUCUAUACUGGAGACGAGCAGAGCAAAGGAAGAUGCAGUGAAGCAAGAAACAGCAGAACAGCUUGACGCGUUUCGGAAACAGCGUGCUGCCGCCGAGCAAGCACAAAUUGAAGGCAGCCUCGAGGGAGCACCUAGUGGUCCCACGGACGGAGGCUCGUGGGCCACGAAGAAGAAGAAAAGACGUCGAGAGAAGGACGGCGAGCCUAGCGAUACCAAGCUGAGAAAAUUGUCAACUGCUGAUGGUGAUAGAUCCGUGCUGCCAUCGUCCGACCCAAGCUGCCUAGCGCACAGCGAUCCAGCCCGUCCAGCAAAAGACAGCAGUGUACAAGUUGCGCCUAGCAAAGACGAACUCAACCAGAAAUCUGCUGGACUAGGCCUGGCGGCUUACAGUUCCGAUGAAGAUGAUUGA